UGCCAUGUACCAUGUUUCUCUGUCCUCUUCCCAGUCACGAUGAUAGCAUGUGGAGACCACUAGCCUAGCCUGUUUACCACCAGUAUCAGCAACAAGAGAACUUCCUAAUCUCCCUUUUGCCUACAUUUGGUUCUGUUUUUGUUAUUGGGCCUGCCAGAAUUAAAACUGGGGGAAAUUCCUGUACUUUUAAGAGAGGGAAUUCCGAAGUGUUACUUGUGAUCUGGUUGCAUAACAAGCAAUACACCGCUGAAAUUCCCUCUUCUGCACAAUAAUUAAAGGUACAGUAGUUCCUUCCAUUUUUAAUCUGACAAUCCUAAUUAUUGUUAUUUAUAUUGGGGUUGGUGCUUUAUAGAGAAAACACAAGGAGACCAGGCCUCUAUCUUGAGGCAUUUUCAAUCUCAACUUUGCCACAGAAAGGAGGGAACAAAUGAAGAAUGAUGGAUGCAAAGACAGCACUAGACAGCAAAACUGGCAGCAUCUGUUAUGAUGGACAUUCCCUCUUCUCCCAUGAGCAAACUUGAUUUCUUCCAAAGGCAUACACCUACAAAUGGCUCUGAUGAAUCAGAAAUGUCAAAAUCCCUUGAGGACUGGAGUGAUGGUGAGAGUGAUCUGGAUUCAUGCAGAAACUCUCCAGAGCACUCAUGCACGGUUCCUUUUUAUUUUAUCCCUUCUCAAGACAAGGAUAUUAUUGCUGCAACUGAGGAGAGGGAGGCAGAACUACAGCUCUUCUGGCUCUCCCGCAACAAAACCCGGCAGUGUCGGAAGCAGGACAUUUUGGCCCAGGGGGUGGAGGAGGUCAUACCCAACAUUGGAAAAGGAACGCAUUUGCAUGGGAGCCAUCUACAGCUGCAGGGUGCACGCAAGAAGAAAGUACAUGUGGAGAAUGGGCAGGAAGUGGCAGAGGCACCGAAUACCAAAAUUCCCCAUUCAGAUGACAUUGUGCAGUUGAUAGAUGAACAUGGGGUGUAUUCUUCAGCCAAAUUGGUACCUGCCACAGAACUAGCACUCUCACCAUGCCCAGAAGAGCAGCAUUUGGGACAUAGUGGCAGAGAUGGAGAGGAGUUUGAGAUCCGGGAAGUGAUAGUCGAUGAGAAGCCAUUUCAGUGUGCCAUAUGUACAAAGGUUUUCAAGCGGGCCUGGGAACUGUUCAGUCAUGAGGUGGUGCACAAUGAAGAACGCCCAUUUUGCUGCCAUCUGUGCCAGGCUUCAUUUAAGCGCCAUUCUGACUUCAAGAGCCAUGGCCUCGUCCACACAGAAGAGCGGCCUCAUUGCUGCGAGCUUUGUGGGAAGCGUUUUAAGCGAGCCUCCAAUCUAGCUGAGCAUCGCCGGAUCCAUUCAGGGGAGCGGCCACACCGCUGUGCUACCUGCAUCAAGCGCUUCAAGACACCCUAUGAGUUGCAGAGACACAUGUUAACACAUUGUUCAGAGCGGCCAUUUGCCUGCACUGCCUGCGGGAAGGGCUUUGCAGCAGCAGGGGCCCUUCUCCUACACCAGCGGCAACACUGUGAUGACAAGCCUCAUGUCUGUGGUAUUUGUGGCAAGAGGUUUGCCUAUGGACAUAGCCUGCGUGUUCAUGAGAGGGUGCACACUGGCGACCGGUCCUUUUCCUGUGCUCUCUGUGGCAAGGCAUUCAAACAGUCCAAUGCCUUGGCUUCACAUGAGCGGGUGCACACAGGGGAGCGUCCCUUUGCUUGUCCGACAUGCGGCAAAGCUUUCAAGCAGUCAUCGUACUUGGCUAUCCAUGCACGCUCGCAUACGGGUGAGCGACCCUAUGCCUGUGUAACUUGCAGCAAGGCCUUUGCACGUCCCUCACUUCUCCUGCAGCACCAGCGUGUCCACAGCACAGAAUGGCCCCAUCAGUGCCAACACUGUGGCAAGCUGUUUAAAGACCUGACAUAUCUGGCAGUGCAUGAGAAGGUACACACCGGCGAAACCCCUUACAAAUGCGCUGUCUGUCAGAAGGGCUUUGCCCAUCCGUCCAACUUACUGCAGCACCAGAGAAUCCAUCAGGAUGGAUAGAGGGAAUGGUGUGUCGCUAAUAGAAACAUGAGUGUGUAAUUUGCACAUGUGCUCCAACCCUGUACCAGCAAGAGCGUGUGUACCGUGAUAGAAAGAGAAUUCUCUUUGUAUGCUCUUUGCAUGCACAUUAAAUCAUGUGUCAGCUCUGCUGGGCAUGCAUUGUACACUAUUGCACUAAAGGUUCACUUAUCCUUUUAUGUAGCUCCUGCAUUACUUGUGCUGGAACAUAUCAGAGCAUUUGGGUACUUCAGAUACCCUGUCCUAUGAAUCUUUGCCUUUCCCCCCUCCUGUUGCAAGCAGUUUCUAGCCCUUAUGAUUACAGAGAUAACAUACUAGAUAUUUUAGUGUGUUACAAAUCAGAUAGUUAAGAGGAGCAAGAAUUUCCUUUGUCAUAGGGCAGCAUGUCAGUGUUCUGUGUAUCACUUCUUCCUUCUCCUUGGCUAGAAGAAACAGGGGGGAAAGGUGUAAAAUAAAGAAUUAUAUAUGCAUUGGCUUAUUUUAUAUUAAUUGCUAUUUUUUAAAAAUACAGCCGAUUUGUCAAUGUUGUGGUUUAUGUCCCACUGCAUAUUUUUCAGGUGCUUUUUUAUUUUUGGAAAAAGUAGUUUUGGGAUAGUUCUUACAGAAACAUAUUGUUAUACAGUACAGAAAGAUACAAAAUAGAAUUAAUGGGGAAACCAAUUCUAGCUUCUGUUUUUCUUUGGGAAAAGUACACUUUUUCAUAUGGUGAACCUCUUUCCCAUACCACUGUAACUGAGUAAGAAAAGUUAUUUGAAAGAUUUUUAAAAAUAAAGUGCCAUCUAUGUAUGCU